AUGCUAGCGCGAAAAAACAAGUAUAUUCAUAGUGACACCAUUGUUGUGGAGGGAAAUUGUAGUGCAGUGAUUCAACGCAUCCUUCCACCUAAUCACAAAGAUCCAAGAAGUGUCACUAUACCAUGCUCUAUUGGUGUUGUGUCUGUUGGGAAGGCUCUUAUUGACUUAGGAGCCAACAUUAAUUUGAUGCCACUCUCCAUGUGUCGGAGAAUAGGAAAGCUGGAGAUAAUGCCAACAAGAAUGACGCUGCAGUUAGUGGCCCGCUCCAUCACCAGGCCUUAUGGAGUGAUAGAAGAUGUAUUGGUCCGAGUAAAACAUUUCACCUUCCCAGCUAAUUUUACUGUUAUGGACAUCGAAGAGGACUCUGAGAUUCCUUUAAUCUUGGGACGUCCCUUCAUGCUGACCACCAGUUGCAUGGUAGACAUGAGGAAGAGAAAGCUUGAGAUGGGAAUUGCUGAUCAGAAGAUUAGCUUUGAUCUAUUUGAUGAAGAAAAGCAAUUGCUGGACCAGAAUGUUUGUUUGCAGGUGAAGGAGUUUGAGGAAGAGGUUCUGGAGGUUGGAACCAAGUUUGACCCUGACCCAUGA